AUGAAAACAGACCUCGGAAAUACAGCCCAAUCGACGAAAGACUUUCACAUGUUAGAAAAAACAGAUGACGAUGGCCUCGAUGGCCUCGAUGUCCCCGAUGAUUCAGAAUGGGAGCUCGUGGAUGUAAACGAUGGAUCAUGGGAUCUUGAUCACGGAACUAGUUUGCAUUUCGAUGUCACGAUGGGAUGGGGACAGUGGAAGCACACAUUAUGUUCGGUCGAUUAUACGAAUAGAGUGAAGCUACGAGAUGAACGAGAUGAGAGUGAAGGGAAUGAGGCAGAUGAUGAAAGUAAGAGUGCUACUGGCAGUGAUAGUGACGAUCAUCCGGAGCGACGAAAUGACUAG